GCUGCCCCCUCCCGGGGCGACGCGCGGCCCCUUUAAGGCGGCGCGGAGCGCACUGUCCCUUUAAAAGGCGGCGGGCGGGCGGGAGGCGGCGGUGGCGGCGGCCGGGGCCAUCGCCUGCCCGCCGGGUUUUCCCCCCCUUCCUGCCGGCCCGUCGUUCGCAGCCGCCCGUUAAAAAGAGGAGGCAAGAUGGCCGAGCUGGGCAGCAAGGGGGUCACCGCCGGGAAGAUCGCCAGCAACGUCCAGAAGAAGCUGACCCGGGCGCAGGAGAAGGUCCUUCAGAAGCUUGGGAAAGCAGAUGAAACAAAAGAUGAGCAGUUUGAACAGUGUGUGCAGAACUUCAACAAACAGCUGUCUGAAGGCACGAGGCUGCAGAAGGACCUCCGAACUUACCUGGCUUCUGUAAAAGCCAUGCAUGAGGCCUCCAAGAAGCUGACAGAAUGUCUGCAGGAAGUUUAUGAGCCGGAUUGGCCUGGGAGAGAUGACACAAAUAAAAUAGCAGAGAACAAUGAUCUCCUCUGGACGGAUUUCCAUCAGAAGCUGGUGGAUCAGGCACUUCUGACCAUGGAUACGUACCUUGGCCAAUUUCCAGAUAUUAAAUCUCGUAUAGCGAAGCGAGGAAGGAAGCUUGUGGAUUACGACAGUGCCAGACACCAUUUUGAAGCCCUGCAAACUGCAAAGAAGAAGGACGAAACCAAAAUCGCAAAGCCUGUUUCGCUGCUUGAGAAAGCCGCGCCUCAGUGGUGUCAAGGGAAGCUACAAGCUCACCUCGUUGCGCAAACUAAUCUGCUCCGAAAUCAGGCUGAAGAAGAGUUAGUAAAGGCUCAGAAGGUGUUUGAAGAAAUGAAUGUUGAUCUGCAAGAGGAGCUGCCCUCACUAUGGAAUAGUCGUGUUGGUUUCUAUGUCAACACAUUCCAGAGUAUAGCAGGCCUAGAAGAGAACUUCCAUAAAGAAAUGAGCAAGUUGAACCAAAACCUCCAUGAUGUCCUGCUGGGUCUAGACAAGCAGUACUCAGGCAACGCCUUCCCCGUUAAAGCACAGCCCAGAAAGAAAACUAAACUGUUCGCCAGGCUGAGGAAAAAGAUGAGCAGGUACCGUGACAGCACCCCAGCGAAAGCAAAUAAAAGCCCCUCGCCUCCACCAGAUGGAUCUCCCAUCACCAGCCCUGAGACCAAGACUGUCAACCAUGAGCUGGAAUCGUCCACUUUGGAAGCACCUGGGGCAAGCAUCCCAAAGUCACCAUCUCAGUUGAGGAAAGGGCCUCCGGUGCCUCCGCCUCCAAAAGUCACCCCCUCCAAGGAGAUCAAGCAGGAGAACAUCAUCAGUCUGUUUGAUGACAAUUUUGUCCCUGAGAUAAGUGUGACAACCCCUUCGCAGUUUGAUGCCCCUGGGCCCUUCCAGGAGGGAGCCAGCCUGUUGGAUCUGGAUUUUGAUCCCAUUAAACCAGAUGCCACUGUGGGGAAGACCCCCACACCUGCCUCCCAGUCUUUACCUUGGGAUUUAUGGGAGCCUGCAGAAGCAGCCCAUGCAGGAGCUGAAGCAGCUGGAUCAGAAGCAGCAGCUGGAGCUGAAGCAUCUAAAACUGAAGGUGAUUCAGGAUCGAGUUCUCUGCCCGCUGUUGUUGUGGAAACUUUCCCUGCUACUGUCAACGGCACUGUGGAAGGAGGUGCUUCAUCUGAAAGAGCUGACAUGCCCCCAGGAUUUCUCUUCAAGGUCCAGGCCAUGCAUGAUUACACGGCCACCGACAGCGACGAGCUGCAGCUGAAGGCUGGGGACGUGGUGCUUGUGAUUCCAUUUGAGAACCCUGAGGAGCAGCUGGAUGUGGGUGCAACAGCCAUGAACUCGAGACUCUCCAAGCUGCAGAGGGAUGAAGGAUGGCUGAUGGGCGUGAAGGAGUCUGACUGGAUCCAGCGUAAGGAACUUGACCAAUGCCGAGGGGUUUUCCCAGAGAAUUUCACAGAGCGGGUGCAGUGAAAUCCCAAGCCCACCAGCCGCAUUUCUGCUGGAAGAAAGCAAGUUUCCUGGUAGAUAAUUGGAAAACAACAGUGAAAUGAAAAGAAGAGAGAAUUUUAAAGGAACAGAAGCCUGAAAAAAAUGUCAACUUAAAGGGUGUGUUCUUCUCAAAGGGCAAGGUUUCAGAAGUAAAUUGAAAUUCAAAGUGUUAUCAAAAAUAUAUACAUAAUAAUAAGGCAAGUCAAAUACCCUCCUUCCCCUUUGGUUUUAACAGCAUUUGGAUUCAGAGGACUGAUGCAGAAGCCAACUCGGUGUGGUUCUCUAAAUACUGCAUCGACUGAAUCGGUGAGAUGUCAGUCUGAUCCCUGGAAAGGCAGUAUUUGUCUAAUGGCUUGAGAGUAGAAGCUGCAUUUGCUCUUGGGUGGGUUCAUCUGUUUUGUCUUGAAGGUGGCUUGCAUGGCAACCGUAAAAAUUCAGCCUUCCCUACAUGUUCAACCUACAGUAGGCCAAACUUUCUGUUAUGCUGUUGAAAAAAAUAUUUAGUGUAUAGUGUUCACCAAUACAAUGUAUGUGUGUGUGUGUGUGCGUGUAUUUUAUUUUCUUCCUUUAAAACAAUGUUACACAAACUGUGAUUUUGUACAUGUAAAGAUAGAAGAAACUGUAUGGAAAGGGCAUGGAGAAGACGAAAUGUGUGAAGCUGUGCUCAGUCCAACGUUCUUUCAAAUGCAGACACCUAAAUUCUCGCAAAUACUAAGGGGAAUAGACAAAUUCAAGAGAAACCAGACAAAACAAGCGGAUGCCAUUUAGAUGGCUCUGAAAUUUAGGAGAGGGAAUCUUCUGCCCCCAAAACCCUGUAGGCAGUUUCAGAAAAGCUUAGAUUCAUGUAGAUGGAAUAUAGCUCUCAAAUCUGGCUGGUUAGAAAAUUUGCUUUUAAAGAAAGAGACAAGGGAAGAAAAAUUUUCUUCUGAAAGAAUGUUUAAGAAAAAGCACUGAGGAAAAACCAAUUUGCUUUCUGUGGUUUUAAUUGGCAUUGUUAUUUGUGGAAUUGUAUUUCUUAUUUUCCUUUGAAGAGUUCUGUAAGUGAAAUAUUGUUAGAUCAGCUUUCUCCAGUGCUGUGCUGGUGAUGAAAUUAACCUCUAUGAAAACUGCACUCUUGAAAUACUCAUUUAAAAUGGCUGCAUGACUUCAUGAGACUUUAAUGCAUUAGAAAGGAAGGCAAGAACAUCAAAGUGUCAGUGUCAAGAAGACACUCUGCAGUCUAAUACUGAUGCUGAGACCUUUCCUAUACCUUUCCUUUGCUCCCGUUUGUUUUUUGAGUUUUGUUUCUUAGUUUAAACAAGCAGAUGACAAGGCUGUUUCAAAGUGCAUAUUACACUUGUUAAAAGAAGCCGGUCUGACCCUCCAAGACUCUAAAAGUCCCACAAAGGUACUUUAAACUUUACUUGAAUACUGAUGCAGCUGGCAAGCAGGUCAGGCUAUUAUCAUUUUUUAUGGCUUUUUUCCCCCCUCACAAUCUUUUUGCCUUGAAGGGAUUUUUAACAGUGAGGUUACCUCCUGCCGUAAAGGGACAGGAUCACUUUCUGAAAUAAUCUUCCUAGCUGUUAGGAGCUGACUUUUGUCAAAGACGCACAGAAUGCUGACACACACUACUGAAAAUCCCACCUUUUCUGAUCUGUUUUGAUCACAAAGAACAUCAUAUGGCUUUUUUUUUAAUUUUAGUUCAGAGGGAAGGAUCAGAUUUUAACCAGAAACUGGUAAAUGCAAGAACUGGUGGAGUUCCUCCUGCUUUCAGCUUGGGAGAUGAUCUGUGCUAGUUAUUUACAGCAAUGUAACAGGCAUCAAAAUCUGUCCUAUAUACCCAAAUCCCAUCUCCCCACCCCCCCUUUUUUAAAAAAAGAAAAAAAAGCGCAGGAAUUUAGGUUUUACAUUACUGUUACAAAACCCAAUAGUAUUUAGGAGUAAUUGCUCACAAUAUGGAAGGACUGGACUCCACAAGUUAUAGUAUGGUGAGCUGUUGCUUUAGAAUACUGCCCUGUUUGAUUUUUUUUUCUCUUCUUUUUCACCAGGGUUGUCUUUAUUAUUACUCUUUUUUUCCAAAAUAUCUAUUUUUGUGCAUUUGUGACUCCCAUUACUCCUUUAAAGAAUAUUCGUAGAAAAAAAUAUACAUUUAAAUAUACAUAGAAAUAUAUAUAUUAAAAAGCGGGUUGAUCCAAUUAACAAAAUGCUGUCAGCUUAAAAUGUUUAUUUUUAUGCAAAACCUGUGGAUUAUUGUUUUUUUAAAAAAUGACAAGAUUCUAAGUACCAGAGCUGUGAUUUUUUUGUCUUGCAAGUAAUUGUUCUAGAGCCUUUAGAAAGCUGUGCUGAUCUCUAAUUUAUUGUGGGGUUUUUGCUGUUUUUGUCAUUGUUGUCUUCUGCUGUGUUUGAACCAGACGACUGUCCCAACAAAGAUCCUCGUAAGGCCUUUUCAUUUCAUUGAGCUUGCGAAGAAACUAUCCAGUACUGUAUUUUCCCUGCAGAAGUGGUAACACUCUGCAAAAAAGGGAUGUUGUGUUCAGGUCACGUGACUGAUGCUUAAAUAUUGCUGGUGGGGAGAACGUUGGCAUCUCUCCCCAUUUGCUUCCCCCUCAACCCAAACCUCCCAAGCCCCCAAACCCCUUGCUUAGAGCAGGUAGGGUGGGUUACCUGCAUCUUGCAUUGCUCGCAAAUAAGUGGUGCCAGCACAUCUCAGUCAAAUGCAGGAUCAGACCCACAGUUUAUAAAUUGCCUUAUAUGAGAGUAGGAUGGCAUAGCAGGAAGCUUGUAGAUGGCAAUGUUUUUUGGAGCCAGGAGGUCUCUUAUCUCCUGGGUCAUGUUCAGCCCAUUGUAAACAGCCACAACUCCCAUUUUCAGUAUUUUUACAUCUACUAAAUACCUUGAUUCUGGUUGGUAUUACCUGGUGAAAUGAGCUUCCCAUUUUUUUUUGGCUUAGGACUGAUUCAAAUAGAAAGAGGGACAGUAAAGUCCCGAGUAGGCUGUGCCCACAGUGGUUUUUCAGUUUGCAGGCUGAACUGAAAAAUCUAGGGAAAAAAGUUGUAAGGGUGACCUGAAGUUGUAAGGGUGACCUGAGACAAUUUUUUUUCCUUUUUUUUUUUUGUUUUGUUUGUUUUCUCAGUGAAAUGAAAAAGGGAAAAAUCAAAACAUAAAAAACCAUAAAAAAAUCCUUUCAAACCAAAAUUAAGCGUUUCAUUUUUAGGGUUGCUUUUUCACUUUUUUAAAAACAUUAUGACUUUGGCUAUAACAAGUUGCUUUGAAGCAAAAAUGUGAAACCUGUUUUGAAAAUGCUGAAAGAAAAUGUUUUAAUGUUAAUAGUCUUUUUGCCUUUGCCUUUUCUUCUUACUCUGACAACUGGUUUCAGUUAACCUUAAACCGUGUUUUUUGGUGAAUACAUCAUCCACUGAAGAGAACCCAGAGAAGCCUGUUGCCCAGCUCUGCUCCACUGACAGGCACACUGGACACAUUUAAGGGAUUACCUGGUAUCUGGCCCAGCAAAGCUGCCGUUUUCUCAUCUAAUAAUCUUCCACUUGGUUGUUUUACUGGGUGAACAAUAAAAGCAUCUCUCAUCCCGUGCCAUUGACUGGUUUUGUAGCUUAGAAAGACAUUCUUGCUCUAUUGGUCUCAGUUUGGUCAUAGAUUUAUGACUAGGCUCCACUUUGAGCCUAAUCCCAUUGUGCAGUGGGAAUUAUCAUUUGCCCAAAUGAUAAGAAAGAAAUAAGGCAUUACUUUUCUCACUUUUUUCUAUCUUAACAAUGUCAGUCUUUAUUAGAUAGAAUUAGGGAAAAGUCCCAGGAUAAAGAUGAAUGCAUUGUUCCAGGUGGGACUCCUACAUACUCUGCUACUUUCUCGGGGCAUUCCUCAACUGUGUGCUUUUACCACCUUUGCUCUUGGCUGUGAAGGUGAUGCAGUAAAAGGGAUUGUGCAGGCUUCAUUCCAGGUGCUCAGAGCUAGUCACGCUUUGUGAUCUGUUUGCCACAAUCUUUGAAGCCUUGUUCUCAGUUGCAGAACCCUUUCCUGUCCCACUGUCCAAAGACCGUGGCCAAGGCAAACACCCUCAAGUCAAAAGAGGUCUCUUUUAUGACCUGGAGCAGGUGUAAGGGCUCCAUAUUCUGCCUGGAAUCAGGUUGUCAGCUCAGUGAAGUUUUGCAACAGCCUCUAAAAGGCCCAAGGCUAAGGAGCUGCUUGGGGAGGACGAAGGGGUGGUACAUUAUUGUUUUCAUUUUGGGUUGAUGCACUGACUGCCUCACCUCUUGGUUUCAGGGAGGUUCAGAACCUCUUUAUUUAGGGAGAACAAAAUGUCAGUGGUCAAGAUGCACGUGGUCAAUACGAUAACAGGUGUCUCUCCCCUGCAAAGGACACUGAGUUCAGAGUUUCCCCUUUCCUGCUCUGUGCCAGACAGAUUGAAUGCUCUCUGCCACUAUUGCAGAUGUUUUGGAUGCUGUGCGGUCCAUACCCCAAAAUAGUGAAUGUCCUUUGCUGCAGGAUGCAGAGGUGUCUCAGCCCUUUCUAGGAAGAGCUACUGCUCUUCCACAGACAAGGCCUGUGUGCUUCUAACGCAGUAGCCUCUGUCUCUCAGCAUCUGGCCCCGCUCCCCAGCUCCUCCUGCUUCCCAGCCUCUCCCAUGUUCUUCAAGGAUGAUGGUAGCAUAGGGCACGUCCCACCAGCCUCAAGUGCAAAGCUAGAAGAUGCACUAACUCACAUCCAUCAGCAAAUCCUACUCAGUGCAUCCUGAUAAUGCUGGUAUCAGGAAAACAAGUAACCACAUUUCUUCUCUGGGCUGCCAUAGGGAAGCUGUUCCUGGCCACACAGGUACCAUCACACCUGGCGCUGGUGCAGACACCUCUGCUCGCGUGUUCUCCUUUAGACAUUUAUAAGUAGCAAACUCCUGAUGGAAAGGGGUCCUGUGUGGCGCCCAGAGCUGGGUUGUGCUACCAGCCCUUGUGAAGCUUGGGGUCUGUAGCUGGCACACGGGGGCUGUGAACUAGAAGGCCAUUUCAGAAACUUUGUUUAUGAAACUAAAUGGAGAAGCUGCAGCUGUGAAGACUGGUCUGUAUGAGCUCAUACUUUGAUGUGUCUUAUGGCUAUAAGUCCUUCACCUGUUUUUUACAGUGUAUUCUGCUAAUCCUGUCUCUAGUCUGCAUUUUGUGUAGAUGGUCCCUACUUGAAACUUGCGAGAUGCAGUCCUGGGCUUAUUGCUUCUCUUUAACUGAAUCAAAUGGCAACAACUUUGGCAAUGUAUUGGCAGUCUCUUUUCCUUCUGUUAAUUCAGUCUCUGAGUUUAACCACAAUGACCUGAGAAAUGUUUGGGUUUUGAGUGUUUUUUUAAUUAUUUUAAUUCUUGUUUUGUUUAAACAAAGCUGAACAAUUCCCAUUGUAUUCAGAGCUGUGACACCCAGUUCCAGUGACAAGUACUAGAUGGAUUUGUCCCAUUUUGUUUCUUGGCAAUGUUCAGAAAUAUAAUUUGUGUCAUCCU